CCCAAUUGAUUACACCCAGAAGCCCAAUCUUCGGCAAAAUAUGAACGACGCGAUGGGCCUAAAACCCUGAGAAAACCUCUCUUCGUUGAGGACUUUCUGCCGCAACGCUGAAGGGAUUUCCUUCCGCCUCUCUGUUCGUCUCCGAUCGACAUUCUUCCCCGUAGCUCUCUCAUUUUGUCAUAUACAGCCGUUCCCUGCUCUUCUCAGUGGAGUUGGAGACCGGGGCAAGUUGGUGUGGUGCGGUUUUGGGCUUGGAGCUGUCUGUGUUUCUGCUCUCAUCUCGCUCGAAUAUCCAAAAGAUUACACUCGUGAAGUUGCAACGUUUGCUGCUUGUGGUUUCGACUUUUCUUCUGAUUUAUUUUCAUCUUGACUGCUAGUAGCAAGAUGGGUUUGGAAGAAGAAACUGGUGGCUCGGCAAAGGAUGUGCCUCCUACGGAACAGGAAUUAUCUGCAGAGUUUGAUACGACAUUGCAGAAGUAUCUUAGAGGAGAGGGUGCUGAUCUUGAGGCUUUAAAAGAUAAAAAGUUGAAAGGCCAGCUUACCGUUAGAGAAAAAUUAUAUGGAAACUCUGCAAAAGCUGCCGCGAAGUUCGAAAAGUGGCUUAUGCCAAGUGAGGGUGGCUAUCUGGAGGCUGAAGGUAUAGAAAAGACAUGGAGGAUCAAACAGGAUCAGAUUACUCGUGAAGUUGAUAUUUUAAGCUCAAGGAAUCAAUAUGAUAUAGUGUUGAAAGAUCUUGGCCCCUACACUCUGGAUUUCACCCCUAGUGGUCGAUACAUGGCGACUGCGGGACGUAAGGGGCAUGUGGCUAUUGUAGACAUGAAGAGUAUGGAGCUAAUUAGAGAGAUGCAGGUAAAAGAAACAGUGCGAGAUAUCGUGUUUUUGCACAAUGAGACAUUCUUUGCAGUUGCACAGAAAAAGUACCCAUACAUUUAUAACCGGGAUGGAAUUGAGCUUCAUUGUUUGAAGGAACAUGGAGCAGUGUCACGGCUACAGUUCUUGAAGAACCAUUUCCUCUUAGCAACAGUAAAUAAAUUUGGACAACUCCGUUACCAAGAUGUUACCACCGGUGAGAUGAUAGGUAACUUCCGUACGGGAUUGGGACGUACCGAGACGAUGCAGGUCAACCCUUUCAAUGGUGUCAUUGCAGUUGGUCACUCUGGUGGUACGGUAAGCAUGUGGAAGCCCACCAGUGCUGCUCCCUUAGUCAAGAUGCUCUGCCAUCACGGUCCUAUUUCAGCCCUAGCAUUCCACCCGAAUGGCCAACUCAUGGCGACCUGUGGAAGAGAAAAGAAGAUCAAAAUUUGGGACUUGAGGAAAUUCGAAGUGGUUCAAACAAUACCUGGGCACCAUGCUAAGACCUUGGAUUUCAGUCAGAAAGGUUUACUAGCUGCAGGAACUGGCUCAUAUGCUCAGGUCUUAGGCGAUUUCUCAGGAUCCCAGAACUACAGUCGUUACAUGGGUCAUUCAAUUGCUAAAGGGUACCAGAUUGGAAAAGUAUCUUUCCGGCCUUAUGAAGAUGUCCUGGUGAUGGGCCACUCCAUGGGAUGGUCAUCUAUCCUCAUCCCAGGUUCAGGUGAACCGAACUUCGAUACUUGGGUUGCCAACCCGUUUGAAACUAGUAAACAACGAAGAGAGAAGGAGAUCCACACUCUACUCGACAAGCUCCCACCGGAGACGAUCAUGUUGGAUCCUUCCAAGAUUGGUACAGUAAGGCCAUACAAGAAGAGGGAGAAGCCCACGAAGGAGGAGAUGGAGGCGGAGAAGGAGGCUGCAGUUGAAGCGGUCAAAGACAUUGCUUUGAAGAAGAAGACCAAAGGUAGGAAUAAGACAAGCAAGAGGGUGAUGAAGAGAAAGGUGCUGAUUGACAAAGCUAAGAAGCCUUUCAUUGAGAAGGAAAUGCAGGAGGCAGGUAAACUUGCAGGGAAGCGAAAACUCGGCGAGGAAACUGAACUGCCUGCGUCUCUGAAGAGAUUCGUGCGCAAGAAGGCUGCAGUGUAGUAGCCUAUCCUAAUAGGUGUUUUUCUGUUAAAUUCUUCCCGCACAGGGUUUCGCUAAUCGCUCUAAUCUCCCCCAAAAUUUUGUUUUGUGAUGAUGAUAGGUACUCAAAUGUAUCCAUUAAUGUAUCAUAUUGCAUUAUCUACUCUUGUUGGGUUUCAAAUAACAUCAGACAUUUCUAAUUUCUCAUACUCUGUUGUUGAAAUGAUGAAACCUAUGCAUGUCGCGAAUAAUGAUCUCCCUUCCUGUUGCCAGAGUAAUGUACUUCGUCACACUAUCAGUCGGUUAGAGAGGUCACCAGUAGUCACCACAGGAACAUAAUCCAUUCUUGAAAUGGUGAAACCUAUGCAUGUCGCGGACUAUGAUCUCCCUUUCUGUUACCAGAGAAAUGUACUUCGUCGCACUAUGACAAUCCCCACAAACUCUCAGGUUCUUCCUGAUGUGGAUCGUUGUGCCCCGGGUUGUUUUAGGAGCCCAAAGGCAAUUGCCAACUUCUCACUGUGAGUGUUCAGUAACUGCUCCUUCACGUGAUCUUCGACGUCAUGGAUUGAAUUGGUCUCGGGCACGUAACCAGCAGCUUUGAUAUUGCCAACCAGUUUCGCAAGGAAAGCAUAGAUUUUUCUGGACUGUGGAUGCUCCGUACUCCCCGAAUAGAAACUGUGUACUUCAUUCCUCAGCUCCACCAAACUGCACCCUGGAGUUUUCUGCAGCC